AUGCUUCUCAACUGGCACAUCGGCCUGGCGUGUUUUUGCCUCUCCUUUGUUUCGAUUUGUUUAAAUCUGUUAAUUUUCAUCCCAGUAUUUCGAUUUGCAUUUUUUGGAAAAAGAAGCUCAAUCUAUUUGAUAGCCUUCUUCAACAUCAUCUCCGAUCUUCAACAGCUUUUUGUUGCAUGCUUUCACAGCUCUCUUUCUAUUAUUUUUGGUCGAUAUGUUCUCUCCGGAGCCCGGAUUAACAGUUUUAGUGUGUUUCUUGGGUGGAUUCACAUAAAUGGAUGGUUUAUGGAGAGUCUUGUGCAGCCAGUGAUGGCUCUGAACAGAUUCGUCGUAAUCACUUUAAACCGAAACUAUAUCUUUACAUUCCGCCGAACACUUUUCCUGUUUUUCGUUAUUAUUGCGCUGACAUCAUUUUCAGCUGCAUGCACCCAAUAUUUCUUCCCAUGUUGCGUUAUAAUAGUUGAUAUCGAUAUAAUGUCGUACAUGUUUUUGAGUAUCGACGGAGUUUACUCGUACUCCAACGCUAUUUUGCUAGUUUACAACAUAUUUUGCACGUUACUAUCCACUUUUUGCUACGUGUCUGUGUUAAUUUCAAUCCGGAGAGCAAACAAAAAUGUGGUGAAUAACAUUCAUAGUAACACUAAGAAACAAGAAGCUCGGUACCUAUUCCAAUUUGUGGUCAUCUCAAUUUUCUAUGUGGCCACGUGGAUUUCUUUUGAAACUCUGCCAUAUAUUGUCCCGCCUGACCAACCCAUAUGGUUUUCGUCUGUUCCAUUUUUGCUCACACUUAACUGUUCCUCGAACUCUGUAAUUUUUCUGAUGUACAACUUAGAAGUGCAGAAAUCAUUGAAGUCUUGUUGCUGUGCAAAAAAAGGACCAAACGCUGGUGUGAUUAUUCACGUCGCUUCAAAAAUUACUUGA